AUGAACCUGAAAGCGAAUGAAGAGCGAGUGCUUGGCAUGGUAUGGAAACCAUCAGAGGAUGUCUUUACGUUCGAGUUGAACUUGAAGGAGGAAAUGCAGAACAUUGUUGUGAACAAGGGUGUACCCACCAAGCGCCAAGUCUUGCGUACGAUCAUGUCUUUGUUCGAUCCGUUGGGACUGGUUGCGCACUUCGUAGUCCACGGAAAGUUAAUUAUGCAACAAAUCUGGAGGGCCGGUCUGGAUUGGGACGAGGAGAUCAAUGGAGAAAUUCUGGUAGAUUGGCGUAGGUGGAGCAGACUGCUGAUGAAGAUAACGGAAGUGAACGUGCCAAGGUGUUUCUACUCGGGUAGCGAAAUCAGAUACGAGAGUUCCCAGAUUCACAUUUUUGUGGACGCCAGCGAGAACGCAUACGCCUGCGUAGCGUACCUAUGGAGCAUUUGCAACGGGGUCCCGCGAUGUACGCUAAUAGCAGCCAAAACGAAAGUAGCGCCACUAAAGCCAUUGUCGAUCCCACGGCUGGAGUUGCAAGCGGCUCUUCUAGGGAGCCGUCUCUUGGACACCAUCUGCAAGGCGUUGACUAUUACAAUCUCAGCACGAUUCCUCUGGACAGAUUCAUCAACUGUUUUGGCGUGGCUGAAAUCUGAGACGCGAAGGUAUCACCAAUUCGUUGGCUUCCGAGUGGGAGAGAUCUUAACCACGACUACCAUCAACGAUUGGCGAAAAGUUCAGUCCAAGCUGAAUGUGGCUGAUCAAGCGACGAAAUGGAAAGAAGAACCGAGCUUCAACCAAGCGGACUGGUGGUAUACGGGUCCCCACUUCCUAGCGGAUUCGGAGGCGAACUGGAUGAAAGAUACGCCUGUAGAUUUUUCAACAACGGAAGACAUGCGAACAUCAUUUUUAUAUCAUCGCUGCCUAUCUCCAACACACACCCUCCUAGAGGUGGAAAGAUUCUCCAAAUGGACGAGAUUACUUCGAAGUACAGCAUACGUUGUAAGAGCAGCCAAACGAUUUCUCGGCCUGAAGGUAACGGGUACAUUAACGCAGCAGGAGUUGCUGAGCGCGGAAGAUUUACUGUGGCGACAAGCACAAAUGGAAGCAUUUCCGGAUGAAUACGCUACAAUCAAAUACAACAACCAACACCCAGAGAAAGAAUCACGGCUACUGGAAAAGUCAAGCUUGCUUUUCAAGAUGUCACCGAUGCUGAACAACAACGGAGUACUCAGAAUGAAUAGUCGUAUGGUGGCGGCGCCAAUAAUAUCUACGGAUCUAAAAUACCCGGUUCUCCUGCCUAAGGAACAUCGAAUAACAAUGCUGCUCGUUGAAAGCUACCAUAUCCGCUUUCUACAUGGAAACAACGAAACAGUUUUCAACGAGCUAAGACAACGUUUCCAGAUCCCACAUCUUCGUGCGCUUGUAACGAGGGUAGCCAAGCAGUGUCAACAUUGUCGUGUGCUGAAGGCAACUCCCCAGGCGCCAAUGAUGGCACCACUGCCAACCAUUCGACUAACACCAUUCAUCAGGCCGUUCACACACACCGGACUUGAUUAUUUCGGACCUGUUCUAGUGAAGCAAGGACGCGGUACAGUCAAGCGAUGGAUCGCCCUAUUCACGUGCUUGUCCAUCAGAGCGGUGCACCUCGAAGUUGUGCACAGCCUAUCAACCCAGUCCUGUGUGAUGGCCAUUCGGCGUUUCAUUGCACGUAGAGGCUCACCUGCUACAUUCUGUUCAGAUAACGGGACCAACUUUGUGGGUGCUAGCAAUAUGUUGAAGGAACAGCUGCGAUCUAUAAACGCAAGUUGUGCAACGACAUUUACGAAUUCGGUUACAAGGUGA